AUGGCUGAGUCUAAGGGUGCAAAUAUGCCUUUAGCUAGUCAUUUUAUGCUGAGUAAGUCUCAAUGUCCUAAAUCUGAUUCUAAUUUGUUAAAAAUGGAAAAUGUUCCCUAUGCUAAUGUAAUAGGAUCAGUCAUGUAUGCUAUGAUAAGCACAAGACCUGACCUUGCUUUUGCCAUCUCACUACUCAGUGACAAGGAUUCAAGGAAGUCAACUACUUCCUAUUUCUUCACUUUGGCUGGAAAUUGUGUGAGUUGGAAUUCCCAACUCCAACCUAUUGUGGCAUUGUCUUCGACGGAAGCUGAAUAUGUGGCAUUGGCAGAAGUAUUCAAGGAAGCAUUGUGGCUGUAA